AUGGCCUCCGCUUCCGCCUCCGUCUGCGGCUCCAACAAGGGAGAGGAGUGGGUGCUCAGCCACCGCGACGUGGUGCUCAUCCGCUCCGACCUCGCCAUCCUCCGCGGGCCCUGCUUCAUCAACGACCGCAUCAUCGCCUUCUACUUCGCGCACCUCUCCGCCGGCCUCCACAACGACGACCUCCUCCUGCUCCCGCCCUUCAUCCCCUACCUCCUCUCCAACCUCCCCGACCCGGACUCCAUCGCCGCCGUCGCUCACCCGCUACGCCUCGCCUCCCGCCGCCUCGUCCUGCUCCACGUCAACGACAACCCAGACGCCUCCGUCGCCGAGGGCGGCUCCCACUGGACCCUCCUUGUCCUCGACAGCGCCACCAGACCCUCCGCGCCACGGUUCGUCCACCACGACAGCCUUCGCGGCAUGCCCAACCUCCCCAUUGCCGCCCACCUCGCCGAUGCACUCCGCCCCCUACUGCAAUGUGAUUCGGGAACUGUUGCGCUCGUCCAGGGGCACACGCCGAGGCAGACCAACAGCUACGACUGCGGCGUCUAUGUCAUGGCCAUCGCCAGGGCCAUCUGUGCCUAG